GAAUAGUCACACAAGCGUCACCGAAAGGGGUCACUUGGGUACUAUAUACGCUCCUAACACAACCUCCGAGAACAAAGUACUGUCGACACAUUUUCGAACCGGAUUAUAUCAACUCGGUGGAAUUGAACACAAAAAUGCUGAGGACAAAGAGGACAGCAGCCGCUGUGACGCUGGUAACACUCGUCUUUCUCCGCUCAAAUGCCGUCACAGGGAUUUAUCCCACUGCACAGACCGUCACCUGGAAAUCCACAAACUUUAAAACCAUUUUGACCUGGGAACCGUUACCGACUGACUACUCCUACACUGUCGAGUUCUCUCCAGUUGCCAGAGACAAACAGAGGAACUCUAAUUGCAUACGUAUCUCAACAACUAUGUGCGAUCUGACCAGUUCACUGGCUGACUUAAACUCCUGCUAUGUAGCUGAUGUCCUGUCUGAACCCCCACUGGGAGUAACCUCUGACCUCACUGAGUUCCCACACACAAGCUCCUCACGAUUCUGCCCUGCCAAUGACACUGAUAUCGGCAGACCGGAUUUCAAGCUGGAGGUGAGCGACAACAAAAAGACGACGACGCUGUAUGUGACCGACCCACUCACUGCCUUGUUUCGAGAUGGUCGCCAGCUGAACAUCAGAGACAUUUUCUCAGAUAAACUGCAUUAUAAAGUAACAUACCGUAAAAAUAAGAGCUCCGGCAAGAAAGUGUUCAUCUCGCCGACCAGUGUGAUUGAGCUGUCUGCUCUGGAUCAGGGAGAAAGCUACUGUUUUAAUGUUCAGGCCUUCAUUCCAAGCCGCAGCAUUGAUAAACAACUGGGAGAGUUCAGCCAAACUCAGUGCUCUGAUGACGACGAACAAUCCUUCUUUGAAGUGUAUUCAGUGGGCGUGAUUGUCGCUGUCAUCCUCCUCAUCUUGCUGCUGAUCAUCAUAACUGUUGUAAUAAUAGUGUGCUGCAGGCGCAAGAAAGGUGCCCUCAAAACGGAAAAAGAAGGCGUUCCACUCCAGAGUAUAUAAAGGGUUCGCAUCACAGUCACCCAUCAUUAUUACGGUACGCGAUAGUUACAGAUAUUGGAUGGACAUAACACUAGUCCCAAGAGUUUCUUUUUUUUUUCUUUUUUUUUUUUUAAUGCGAGAAUCAAUACAUCGGUUUCUGUGAAACCACUUUUUAAUUUGUCAGAUGUUCUGUAGACUAUUGCAGAAAAUAACUUAUUUGCUGUCUUGUGAGAAUUCCGUCAGGCUCAAAUUAAAAUAGUAAAAAUAUAUUUUUUUAAUCAUUAUCCUCUUCAUCACCAUAAUAAUUGGAGUAGAUUUUUUUGUCAAACCAAAAAAGAUCAACACAAAUCCCAAUCUCAUUUUUGAUUGACAUAUUGUCCUUAAAAUCUGUUCAGAUUUGUGUAUUCAUGCUGCUUUUGCCAAUCAUUGUGAAAUAUCACCUCCACUGUUUUUUGACGACUAAGCACUCUUAAGUAUUCACUUUGCUCCUGAGACUUGUUUCUUAGGUUUGACAGAACACUCUCAUCUUCUUGUUUACUGUUUCAAAGCACCAAAUGAAGCACAACUGGUGUUUGUCGAUAAUGUAAUAAAUAUACGGGCUGUGUAGCAGGCUACAGGACGGAUCAAAUCA